CUGAACAACAUGGAUUCAUAUAAGAUAGAAAAAAUUGUACAUGGACGUGGUAUACCUUUGUGACAUGGUUUAUGAUUAGAGAAUUCAAACAGUAUAAGUGAAUGUGCUAAGUAUUGAGAAUUUUCAAUAUAUAGACACACCACAUACGUACUCACUUAUCAAUACAAAAUAUAAUAAAUUUAGAAGGUCUAAAAUAGUUUAAACAUAUAGAUAAAUUGAAUUAAUGUCAACGUUAAAAUGAAACCCUCCGGCCAACGGGCCGGAUAAAAAGCUAGUUAGAAAUUAACAAUAUUACAAUACCAGCAUCGGUCAAUAAUUGCCCAAAAUGCCCACCGUCCAGAAGGGAACCACGUGUCAAGCACCCAACAACACUUUUGAAAGGCACUCACAUUCACUGACUCACUCAGCGACUCGCUUAACGAACUCACUCGGUUGCCCUCGACUCAUUACUCGCUCCGCCUCUUCGAUUCCCUCUCCCACCACUUCCCUUCUCUCUCUCUCUCUCUAAGCCUUGCAAUUGCAACAAGUUGAAUUCCCUUUUCCUUUUUUUCCGUAUUAAACAAUUUUCUUUCCCUAAUUCAUAUCCUCACUUUCCACUGACGAACCCUAGAGGAAAUCCAGUUUGGGUCUCUCCGCCCUCUCGUAAAAUGGCAGAUAUGCAACCGCCAGAAUCCCAUCUAGGCGGCGGCAGCGUCAGUGCUGGUGGUGGCGUCGUUGCUGCCGUGAUCCCUGCCGGAGGUCCCAACCAGGUGACAUCAUCGGAAACCGUGGGCUCGAAGCGGCAACGGAGGCCCAGCGUGCGGUUAGGCGAUAUCGGCGGCGACCAGCUCUACGAUCCCUAUUCCCGGAAGGCAACUAGCAUGAGCAAGUCGUGGAAGCAGCACCAGAACCACCACCAGGUCUCGUCGGCCGAUCAAAAGAGAGAUUCGAACAAGGGCUCCAAGACGCGGGCCCUCACGAACCUGAGCGCCGGCGGGGGCGACUAUGCCGAAACCCUAGACGAAGACAAUAAGGAAUUGAAUUUGGACAGAAUCGCCAUUGGAAGCUGGAGAGUCAAGGAGGCGAAAAAGCGAGCCCCUAGUGCCCCCGUGAAGCGCGUUAGAUCCAGUUGGGUCACCAAGAUUGACGAAAUCGGAGACGGCGGCGGAGGAGUUGGAAUCGGAGUCGGUGGUAACAACAAUGUGGAAGGGGAUGGGAAAUACAGCGCUGGAGAAGACAUGGACGAUUACGAUGAUGCUGAGAAUUCAGACGCUCCUUCGAAAGAACAGAGCCCAGUUCAUUCUCUUGAGAAUUUGGGGGAUGGGAACGAGAGAAAUGAGAGGGAAACGUACUACAACGACAAAAGGGCAACGAGAACAAGGAGUGGGAACCAUAUUUCGAAUCAUCACCAUCCGCAUCAGCAGCAUCAGGAUGGAGUAGAAUUGUUAUCAGGGCCAUCUGAAACAGACACCAGAGGAGGGGUAGGGUAUAGGGACAAUGAGAUGUGUGAUGCUGGGGAAGACGGGGUCAGGAUUUGGCUGAAUAACUUGGGUUUGGGGCGGUAUGCUCCAGUGUUUGAAAUCCAUGAGGUGGACGAUGAAGUACUGCCAAUGUUGACGUUGGAGGAUUUGAAGGAUAUGGGGAUUAAUGCCGUUGGGUCGAGAAGGAAGAUGUUCUCCGCAAUUCAGAAGCUCAGUAAAGGGUUCUCGUGAUGGCGGGGAAAUGUCUCAGCGAAUUUUGUAGCUUUGUUUUUCUUUUCUUCUUUUCAUCUUGACAGAGGAGUAGCUGCUGCUGCUGCAAUCAUCGUCUUGAUCAUCAUCAGCCAUGGUAAUCCUUAUCGACAUCAUUUCUUGAACUGAAAUCCGAGCUAUUCCGUUUUGCUUUUAGUAGAGAGGGUAGUGGGUAGUAACAGUCUUUUUCUUUUCUUCUUUGCCUACAGUUGUUAUAAUGAAAUUUUUGUUCCUUACCAUCUCUUCUUUGCACAAUAUGAAUGCAUUUUUUUUUGUUCAGUGCAACUCUACAAGUAGCAUGGACAUGGAGUUGGUCAAUUUCUCUGAGAUAAGUUAUUAGUUCGGCUGAGUUGUCCUUGAUUACGAAUCAGAACAUGCCCUACUGUUUCGAAUCCAAUUUCUGCUGUCUUGGCUUGUGAUCAAUGGUGGGAAGUUGGCCCGAAUAAAGUUGCCAUUUCCAUAAGUUUUUGUAUGUGUGCCCGAAUCUGUGUUUGGUUUGCCUUCAAAGUUGUGGCGAUUGAAUGGACAUUGGUUGGCAGAGGGCAGAAAAGCCAUCAAUCUCAUUGCGUCUCAUGUGGCUGUGCUGGGAGGUGCCUCAUUAAUGCAUUUUGCCUUGCCUUGAACUCUAGCAAAGCUUCUUUAAUCAGAGUUGCUUGCAAAAGAGGAAGUGUAUCUAGGCUUCAUGAUGUCUGUGUUAAUGAGAUGUCUGUUCUCUGUUAUGUUAGGAAACACCUCCAUUCCGUUAUCUCGCUCGGUUGUUCUCUAGGUUAUGCUAAGUAGUUGAUAUUGCCUUUGCUGAAACUGUAUUUUCCGAGCAAAUUUUAGGUUCAGUUGGCUCGCAUUAGCUUGUAAAGUUGGUGCUAAACGAGGUGUUUUCAAUGAAGCUCUGAAUCUUGG